ACCGCUUCUGGUUCGAAUUGCUGCUGCUCCCCCCCUCUGCCAAUUGACCUCCCCCCUCGUCAUCCCCGCUCUUUCGCGCGCUUCCUCGACUUCCGCGAUGGCCGCCCCCAAGUCCGUCGCCAGGCUCGUCGCCUACUCUCGUCCUACAGCCUUCCCUCUCCGCUCUUCGCCCUUGGGAUCCAUCGCAAACUUCUCUUCCUCGGUGAACCGGGCAGCUACGCCAGCUGGUCCCCCCCAACCGGGCUUCCGUCUGCCCCCUCCGAAGAAAUGGGACGAAGGUGCUGAGUCUUCUCUCGACAAGGCCGGAAAGUACUUCCUUAUGGCUGAGUUGUUGCGCGGCAUGUACGUCGUGCUGGAGCAGUUCUUCAGACCUCCUUACACUAUCUUCUACCCCUUCGAGAAGGGACCCAUCUCCCCCCGUUUCCGUGGUGAACACGCUCUGCGUCGCUACCCCACCGGUGAAGAGCGUUGCAUUGCCUGCAAGCUCUGUGAGGCUAUCUGCCCGGCUCAGGCUAUCACCAUCGAGGCUGAGGAGCGUGAGGAUGGAAGCCGUCGCACGACGCGUUACGAUAUCGACAUGACCAAGUGCAUCUACUGCGGUUACUGCCAGGAGAGUUGCCCUGUCGACGCUAUUGUUGAGACUUCCAACGCCGAAUAUGCCACCGAGACCCGUGAGGAGCUGCUGUACAACAAGGAGAAGCUCCUUGCCAACGGUGACAAGUGGGAGCCCGAAAUUGCUGCUGCUAUCAGAGCCGAUGCUCCUUACCGCUAAGCGGCACCUGUAUUUGCCAAUAUGACACCGGACACGGUGUCCAUGUGACACUCCCCUUGGAAGAGAUGCGAGAAAAACAUGAUAUUAGAAAGAAAGCCUUUCCGACCUAGAAAGCUUGGCUUGUAGCCACCCCCAUUUAUUCCCACGCUGUACAUAUCUCACGCCCAACCCCCUUCGCCUCCCUGAUUACCUCCUGUACUAGUCGGGUCUACCGGAAUUGAUCAGAUCGGCCACUCGAUUCCGGGUCUGGUUUUGUCUUUGAUGUUGAAGGAAAUCCUGCAUGUUGUGUUGUCUUUUUUUACUCUUGUUUGUCUAGGGAUCCAAUCAAAGAAUUUUUCCUUUGUUA